AUGGCGUUGCUGAGGCUUUGCACGACGUUGCUGCUCUUCUCUCUUUUUUUCAUCCACCAAGCUGAAUCUGAUAAUUUGGUGAUUCUGUUGAACGCAGCUGAUGCACCAGCUCCGCCUCCGCCACAUCUCGAUUGCGACGGGGCCUGCGCCGUUCGGUGCCAACUGUCGUCGCGGCCACGCAUCUGCAAGAGGGCGUGCGGGACUUGCUGCGCCAGAUGCGACUGCGUGCCGCCGGGGACUUCAGGCAACUACGACGCCUGCCCUUGUUAUGCCAACAUGACCACCCACGGAGGCAGGCAUAAAUGCCCCUAGAGGGGUUUCGUGUCCUCAACUUUGCUUCCCCUGAGAAGAACGUGUCUGUUUUGUUGAUGUAUUGCUCAGUCUGAACUUUUGCCUCAGGUAUCUCAGUAUUAAAAGACUUUCUGUCAGUUCCAAU